AUGUCUCCAACUAAGGUGUAUCAAUCAGCCGAAGAGAAUAUAAGGGCGGAGUUGGGACUGAACGAUGUACUAAAAAUUAGGAGAAAUGCACCUGUAGCUAUUUUGUAUGAGGAUGCUCUCCGUGAGAAGAAGACUGUAAUUUCAAGUACUGGUGCGUUGAUAGCGUACUCCGGCGCUAAAACGGGUAGAUCACCAAAAGAUAAGCGCAUUGUUGACGAAGAGACAUCUAGAAACCAAGUGUGGUGGGGUCCUGUGAAUAAGAAAGUUACUGAGAAGACUUGGGAAAUCAACCGUGAAAGAGCUGUGGAUUAUUUACGUACCCGCGAGCGCUUGUAUAUUGUUGAUGCAUUUGCUGGUUGGGAUCCUAGAUACAGAAUUAAGAUUCGUAUCAUUUGCUGCCGCGCCUACCAUGCUCUAUUUAUGACGAAUAUGUUGAUUAGGCCUACAGAAAAAGAGCUAGCCGAGUUUGGUGAACCGGACUUUACAGUAUGGAACGCUGGCCAAUUCCCAGCUAAUCAUCAUACCGAUGGUAUGUCGUCGAAGACAACCAUUGAGAUUAAUUUCAAGGCCAUGGAAAUGGUUAUUCUUGGAACCGAGUACGCAGGAGAGAUGAAGAAGGGUAUUUUCACGGUGAUGUUCUACUUAAUGCCUAUCAACCACGGAGUUUUGACUUUGCAUUCUUCCGCAAACCAAGGUGUAGUUAAUGAUGAUGUAACGUUGUUCUUCGGGUUAAGUGGUACCGGUAAGACCACCUUGUCCGCUGACAAGAACAGGAAGUUAAUCGGUGAUGACGAGCACUGUUGGUCUGAACAUGGUGUUUUCAAUAUUGAGGGUGGAUGUUACGCCAAGUGUAUUGGUUUAAGUGCGGAGAAAGAACCAGAGAUUUUCAAUGCAAUUAAGUACGGUUCUGUUUUGGAAAACGUUGUCUAUGACGAGGAGACUAGAGUAGUUGACUAUGACAAGUCUACUGUGACUGAGAAUACCCGUUGCGCUUAUCCAAUUGAGUAUAUUCCAAGUGCCAAGAUUCCUUGUAUGUCCGACAAGCAUCCUUCCAAUAUCAUUUUAUUGACAUGUGAUGCUUCUGGAGUGUUGCCUCCAGUCUCUAAGUUAACCCCAUACCAGGUGAUGUACCAUUUCAUUUCUGGAUACACAUCUAAGAUGGCUGGUACAGAACAGGGUAUUACUGAGCCUGAGGCCACUUUCUCCUCGUGUUUCGGACAGCCAUUUUUGGCAUUGCACCCUAUGAAAUACGCUACCAUGUUGGCGGACAAGAUGGCUCACCACAAUGCCAAUGCUUGGUUAAUCAACACUGGAUGGACUGGCUCAUCCUAUGUUUCUGGCGGAAAGCGUUGUCCAUUAAAGUACACGCGUGCUAUACUUGAUGCUAUUCAUGACGGUUCUUUGUCAGGAGAGGAGUACGAGACUUUACCUGUCUUUGGCUUGCGUAUUCCAAAAGCUGUUCGUGGUGUGCCAUCUGAGUUGUUGAACCCAGCCAAGAACUGGAUUGAAGGCGAGGCACAAUACAAUAAGCAAGUAAAGAGUUUAGCUACGAAGUUUAUGGAAAACUUCAAGACCUACCAAGAUGAAGCCACUGCAGAGGUUCUUGCCGCGGGUCCACAAUUUUAA